AUGCCCGCCAAGUGGCCCAGCAUACCUCCAAUUGAGGAUGAAUGCAUUGAUACCAUCGGGCUGAUUGAGGGUUUCAAAAAUCAAUACAUGGAAAUAUGCUCGCACACACUGAAAAACCCAACUGCGACGGCUCCGGCGGGCUAUGUUAUGGGCCUGAUGUUCCACGCAAAUAAGGUCAUUACUCUCUUGGCUGAACAGCUUCAAUCAUCCCCGCAAAGGCAAUUGGUCUUGGUGGGAAAUAAUCCCAGCUUGGAACCCCAGGCUGUUUCAGGCCCAAGUGUAACGCUUCCCACUACCCCAGCCCUUGGGUCUUCGCGAAUCGCCGCGCAGGCCAGUGCGAAUGGCAUUGAGGCCCACGCGGUCGCUGGGAACACCCGGGAUCUGAAUCAUAGAGAUUUCAACGAAACCCCCCAGGAUUAUAGCCCGGAGGUUAUCCCGACGCGCGACGAGGAACAUGUUGACGACCCAAUGGACGAGGAAGGGGGUGAGAAUGGGAAGGGGGAGAUUCAAAUCGCGACAUCCAAAAGUUGCAAAGAGAAUACCGAGAAAGAUGAAGCCGCAUAUCGAAGCCCGUAUGUGUUUCAACCUGAUUCUAGUAUGGCCAAGACCGCUAUGGCUCAUACCCCAAGGGCUGCGGGUACCACAGUCAACAUCGAAAUGGUAGAUAUCAGCAUGACUGAAAGCGACACCGUCGACAAUAGAUUAAAUGACCCGCUCAGAGAGGACAUGUUAAUUGCUGGGGACGAGGACCCAAACGAAGAAGGCGAAGACUACUUCUUCUACGAUGACGGACUUGACGUGACGUCUGUAUUGUCAUCGGAUAUCGCAGUGACUGAACAUAACAGCCCAGUAUCCGAGGAACCACUCACAGCACCGAUACUGUACACUGGCCCGACUUCCUUCAGAGUACGCUGGGAAUGCUCUGAUCCCCCAUACGCAGCACAGGCAUACCAGCAAUACCACCAAGACCCCCAUAAAAAGCCACUAGCCAUCGUUAUCGAUUUGAACAAAGCUCUGCACACUAGCAGCGACGAAAGAUUGAAGGAGAAGUUGAUCAAGACCGUUCAAGUUGACAGAUCGGGGGACUUGGAUGUGUAUCCCUGGGACGGGGCAAAUACGGAAUACCUUAUCCAGAAUGCCCAAAGCUGGUUUCCACACCUUAGGAGAGGUGAAGCUGCUCGGGUACCAGGCCGCUAUACUACAGGUGUUGAUUGUCAAAAUCCUUCAUCCGAGGGAGGCUCAGCACCAACAAGUGUUGUACAGGUAUUACCAUUUGCCCUCAGGAUCUGUUGGAAAGGAUCGCGUUCUCCGUACAAAGACUGGGACUCCGACCGUGCAGUACAUUCUAUUUCGCAGUUGAUCACAUCUGCUCUACAAUCAAGUCGCAGACCUAGUCUGACGCAGAUGAAGAUUUAUUAUAUCGAGCACCGGCCGGAGCUCGGGGACAUCAUCAUCUAUCCCAAUAGCCACUCCGAAAGGAAAGAGCUCAUCAAGUAUGCGCAUUCCUGGAUACCAAACCUCGAAGAUGGAGAUUCUGCCUGGCUUCCAGGCUUUUAUCACACGGACACCAACGGCAAACCCACGCCCAAACCAUUUGAUGAUGUGCAUUUCCAGCCAUCGUCGCUGCUUGGGAUAGCUUGUUGUCCAUUUUACAUUACACUUCCAAUGACUGCUUGGAAAGAACAGGGAAUGUCUCAAUCCGAAAUGAGGGACCGAAUUGGCACCGCGCUGAAGCAGAGUGGCGAUCCCGAAGUGGCCGCAGUGAAAAUCUCAGGUGUUGUUCACCAAGGCGAGACUGGGUUGUUGCAUGUUCAUCUCAACUCGAUCGAAGACCGUGACCUGCUGCAAAGGAAUAUUCAUGAGUGGACUCUCAGGGUUCUCAACAAUGCCCCAGCUCAUGCCUCGCCAACUGCAACGAAGCCCACGGAGAAGGAUACGCAGAGGAGAAAAGAGGACCAGAGAUCGAUUAUGUCAAACCAGAGCAGGAAUCGAGAUCCCAUACCUGGUCCUUCUUAUACGCUGAGCAAGCCAGUGGUUCAAGGGUAUAAUGGCACACAGGACAGACCGGUACCUCAGAGGCUCAAGGAUCAAACCUCCAACUCGCGGUCUUUCAACCCGCCUGUCGGACCAGCCGCGCUCGAGCAAAAUGGUAUUGCUACACAUAAAAAACCGGAACCCCAAGGGCCUGGAGAUCAUACUCCCAAUACCCCAUACUUCCACCCAUCACGAUUGCAGCAAAUUGAUGCACUGAGAAGAUCGGAGCCGCGCGAGUUUAAUAAACCUCCUAACCAGACGCCUCUCAACAGCCCGAGGUUGCCAGCUGCACCCAAUUACAAUGGCCCAUCGAGAAUACCGGAGCCUCGAGAGCCCAAUCAACCCCCCUAA